AGUGGCCAGUUCUGUGUCGGGGUUGUACUGUGUGUGGAUCCGUGGUGGGUCAGCGUUGAGCAGCUCCUCGCUUCCAGUUCCCGCCAGAGGACUGGGAUGCGGGCUAGAACCCUGCCUUGGGAUGGCGGGGGAGGGGUGGGGCUGAAGGCCGCGCUGCCCAGGCUCGUUCCGCCGAAUGGGGCGUCGGCCGGGCGCGUUCCCCCGCUCCAGGGGGCCGGGGAAGAACUCGGAGGAGACGCGGCUGCCUCCUUUGGUUUCUCCCCGUUAGCAGGACCCUUGCCCAGCCCACAGAUCCUUCACGAACGCCUCACUGCCCUCAGCAGGCGAAGCCCCGCGCUCACUCCAUUUCCGGUCCACCCUUGCGGAGACCCUAGGCUGGCGUUCCGCUUCGGCACUGCGCUUCCUGAGUUCUACCUAUUUCCCUAGCUUAGAAGGCCUUUAGUUUUUCUGGGGAAAGAUGCGUUCCAUCAAUCACGUUAGGAAAGUGUCCUUUGUGAUUGUGUUACUGUUCACCCAGUGGCCAUCCGUGGACCACGCAGUGGAUUCUCAGUCAUGGACAGGGCUGUCGGUGUGUGUACUCCAUACCCCAGCAUGACCUUCCCCCACUACACAGCCCUUUCCCCUGUCUAAGCUGCUUUUCUGUAACACGUUGCAUUGUUGUGUAUUUUGUUUCACAUUACUUGUGAUGUCUCCAGUUCCCUUUCGUUUCUCUCUUGAUGUCUUUAAGGAUUAAGAGAAUGUCUUUUAGGCACUUUCUUCUUCACUGAGACAAAAUAUCCGACACCAGCAGUUUAAAGGAGGGAAGGUUUAUUCUAGCUUACAGUUCAUAGAGGUUUUAGUUUGUAGUAGGCUAGCUCCAAGGCAGGGCCGCAUGGUAGAAAAGAGCUGCAGAGAUCUUUUCAGGGGAGGGUGUCUAGGAAACAGAGCCAGAGGAGCAGGGAAGGGAGACGGGCCCCAUCCCAGGGACUUACCUCGACCGACCAGACCCCACCUCUAAUAGCAAGUGAGCUAUAAACCUUUAUCAUCCAGCCACCCUCCAAGAGCCCCCAGCUGUGAGCAUCACCUUGGGAAAUUUAUGGAUGUAAAUCAUAACAGAUGGCUACUCCUUGCCUUGCAUUGCUCUUCUUGAUUUUCAUAGGCAAAAGUAAUCCCUUCUCCUUUACUUAUGUUUUCUAAUAGUAUUGUAAUACCAGUAUUGAUUGCAGCCCUUCUAUGAUCUUAACACUUCUAAAUGUGGGCUAAUCAUUGGUAAGGGAGAUAAUGUUACUGCUCAUAUGGAGUUGACCUUGGGUUGGGGCCAAAUAGUAAAUAAUAAAAAAAGAGGGCCAGAGAUUUUACUAAGUGGUGUAAGUGCCUGCUUGGCAAGUGCAAGGUCAUGAGUUCAAUCCUUGGUACCAAAAUAAUAAUAUACAGAAAAAACAUUGGAUAGAAAUACUGUCCAAAAGAUUAAGUAGGAUUUUCUAAGAGAAUGACUUGCAGGUUCCUAUAGAUUAUUGGUCAGGGAAAUUUCUAAGAACCUGAAAAGAUGCAACUAUAUAAUUGAAGAAGGAACAAUUUAGCAGGAACAGUUAUCAUGAAUCUAAUAAAAAAGAGUAGUUAACAGAAUAAUGGGUCAAAAAUACAAGAAGAGUUUGAAGAAUGGACAAGGUCCAGAACCUUAGGUGUCUGGAACUCAAUAGUUUGGACUUUACGAUAAGUAAUUAUUGGGUUUUAAAUGUACUGGCAAUGAAAUUUAUCUUUUAAAGUAACAUUCUGACUACUAAACAAAGAAAGGAGCAUAGUGGCCAAGAUGUAGAAGAAAGGAUUAGAAACCUUCACAAUGACUAGGGGGUUUAGUAUAAGAAGUAAUACUGUAGGACUGACCGAAGGAGGAUGGGUUUGAUUGGGGAGUCAGGUAUUUAAAGUUUGAUGGAGGGCUGGAAUUUAGCUCAGUGGCUUACGCGCUUGCCUGGUAAGCAUAAGGUCAUGAGUUUGAUCCUCCGUACCAAUAAAUAAAUAAAAAGUUUGGUGGAAUUUGGUGAUCAGAAACUCAAAGAAGUUAUAACCAUAGGAACAGAUGACCAAAAUGAAGUGGAAAUAGGAGGCCGAGGAUGACAGUGAAGAUCUGAGGAACCAGGAUGCUCCAUCCGGAUGAUCAUAUUUGUGCUAGAUAAGAAAGUGCUACAUAAGAAAGUGGUGAGCCAGAAGGCAUCCAUAGAUAAAGAAAAGAGUCAUCAGGGAUCAGUGAGGAUGACAGCAGAUAGGAAAGCCUGAUGGCAUGAUCUGCAAAGAAACUGGUUGUUUUGGAGACAGAAGAGGAAGAAAUGGUUUGGAAACAUCAAUGGCAAACAAAACAUAACCAUUUGGUUCUAAAGGCUAAUAAGUGUGAAAGAAAAAGUAGCCUUCAGCUGCAAAGACUACUUAAGAAGCAGGCUGUGGUAAUAGCCACAUUUUGAUUAAAGUGAGAAAUGGGACUAUGCAGGCGAUUAUAGAAAAUGAACACACCUUUCUUUAAAUUUUGUUUUUCCUAGAAAUUUAAGAUGCAGAGAAUUUGUUCUGAUGUUUACAUGACAAAUGGAAAGAAUCGGGAAAGGAAGUAGUUUGCUAAAUUGGUCCAGGCAUUACUCUUUAGAAUGGAAGAGGAUACAGAUUAUAAAGUCUGGUUUAGCUCUUUGUGUUUUAUUAAUGGGCAUGUUGGAUUUCAUGGUACUAUAAAAAGCUCACCAAGUGACUUUAUUGUUGUUGAGAUUAAUGAACACGGACAAUUAGUUAAUAAAACAAUUGAUGAACCUGUUUUGGUUAGUAAAAUGCUACCAGAGCUGAAUAAUUUUGCCAAAAAGCCAAAAUUAAGUCUUCAGAAUUUACCCCUUGAUAACAAAGAAGAAAAUACUUUGGCUGUUUGCUCCAAUGGUGACCAAAAUCAUCAGUCGGAGUCAGAAAAAAAAGAUACUGUUGAUGGCAGGACUUGUAAACAGAAAGAAGAAAAAGCUGAUGUGUUAAGCUCUUUUUUGGAUGAAAAAACUAAUGAAUCACUGGAUCAGUUUGCCUGUGAUAUAAAAGAGAAGUGGAAUUCAGAAACUGAGUCAAUUGAACAAUUCCCUGAAUUUUCAUUAGGCAGAAUCCUUGACAAAAACCAGAGGGCUAGUUUACAUAGUGCUAUUAGGCAGAAAUUUCCUUUUUUAAUAACUGUAGGAAAAAACAGUGAAAUUGUUGUAAAACCAAACCUUGAGUUUAAAGAACUCUGUCGGUUGGUGUCUGAAGAAGAAGCAUUGGAUUUUUUUAAAUAUUUGGAUGCUAAGAAAGAAAAUUCCAAAUUUACUUUUAAACCCGAUAUAAACAAAGCCCACAGAAAAGCUGUCCAUCAUUUUGUCAACAAGAAGUUUGGAAACCUUGUAGAAACAAAGUCUUUCCCUGAACAGAAUAACAAUGCUAGUAAUCCAAAUAUAGUGAUAACAGUAAGAUUUCGGGAAAAAACACACAAGCAUGGAAAACGGUCCGUUGUUGAAUGCCAAGAAGGAAAAAUUGUACAUACAGCUUUUACCCUGCGAAAAGAAAAUCUGGAGAUGUUUGAAGCAGUUGGUUUUUUAGCUAUCAAACUUGGUGUGAUUCCUUCUGAUUUUAGUUAUGCAGGCCUUAAAGACAAGAAAGCCAUCACCUAUCAGGCAAUGGUUGUUAGAAAAGUGACUCCAGAGAGGUUGAAAAAUAUUGAAAAAGAAAUUGCAAAGAAAAGAAUGAAUGUGUUUAACAUUCGAUCCGUAAGUGAUUCCCUUAGGCUUGGUCAGCUCAAAGGAAAUCAUUUUGAUAUUAUCAUCAGAAAUUUAAAAAAUAAAGUAAAUGAUUCUGCAAACCUGAGAGAGAGAAUUCAGGAAGCAAUAGAAAAUGUUAAGACUAAAGGUUUUGUUAAUUACUACGGACCACAGAGAUUUGGGCAGGGAAGGAAAGUUCACACAGACCAAAUUGGAUUGGCAUUGCUGAAGAGUGAAAUGGUAAAGGCUGUAAAAUUAUUUCUUACACCAGAGGACUUGGAAGAUCCUGUAAAUAGAGCCAAGAAAUUUUUUCUUCAAACUGAGGAUGCUAAAGGUACACUUUCACUGAUGCCUGAGUUCAAAGUUCGAGAGAGAGCAUUGUUGGAAGCAUUACAUCGCUUUGGCAUGACAGAGGAGGGAUGCAUACAGGCAUGGUUCUCUUUUCCUCAUUCUAUGCGCAUAUUCUACAUCCAUGCAUAUAGUAGCAAAAUUUGGAAUGAGGCAGUGUCUUAUAGACUUGCAACCUAUGGAUCAAAAGUGGUAGAAGGUGAUUUGAUCUGUUUGGAUGAAGAUAUUGAUGAAUACUUCCCAAAUAAUAAAGUUCAUCUAGUAACUGAAGAAGAAGCAGCAGCUAGUACAUAUGCAAUACACCAGGUAGUUCUUCCAGUACUUGGAUACAAUACUCAGUACCCAAAGAACAAAGUAGGACAGUGGUACAGGGAAAUACUAAGCAGAGAUGGACUACAGGCAUGUAGGUUUAAAGUACCUGCACUGAAACUGAAUGUACCAGGAUGCUACAGGCACAUACUAAAACAUCCCCAUAAUCUCUCAUAUCAACUGAUGGGAGAUCUUGAGACCAAUGUCAAGAUGCAAGGUUUCCACAUUGAUGAAACAACUGUAUCUCUUUUGAUCUCUUUUGAUCUUGAUGCUUCCUGUUACGCUACAGUUUGUCUGAGGGAAAUAAUGAAGCAUGACAUUUGAAAGGGGUACCCUUGAUAUUAAAAUCACUCUUGGAAGGAAAUGGAGCUACAAUUUCUUUCUUUCUUUUUCUUUUUCUUUUUUUUUUUUUUUUUUUAAAUCUUUUUGAGACAGUUUCGCUGUAGAGUUCAGACUGACCUUGAACUCACUUUGUAGCUCAGGCUGGCCUCAAAUUCACAGCGAUCCUACUGCCUCUGCCUACCCAGUACUGGAAUUACAAGUGUGUGCCACUGUGCCUCAGUUAGAGCUAAAGUUUUUGAGAAUAUUCCAUGUGCUAGGAGCUUCACAAUUGUUGCCUGUUAAUUUUCACAGCUUCCCUGGAAGAAGUUCCAUGAGCGUGUCAGAGUCAGUUUAAGAUCUGUAUAACCCCAGUGACUCUGUUCUUUCUAUCAUAUCGUGCUUCAGUGACCUUUGUUCAGUGUCAUAAGAUUUUUUAAACUACCAAAAACAUAUGUUGUAACAUUUAAGGAAAAAAUAUUGUAAAGUGAUAUUCAAAUCUUCUAGCUCAUUGGUGGUGAACCUGUGGCACAUGUGCCGCAGUGGAGACGAAGAGCCUGGUCUGUCAGCAUGUGAGCCAAACCACCCCACAUCACCCCAGCAGCCAAGCUGGAUUAAUUGCAAUGUUGGCAUUUUGUGAUAAUAAGCAGGUUUUGGGUUGCAUUUUUUACACCUUUAUGAGAUAAAUAAUCUUUGAUGAAUGAUA